GCAUGCAGGCGCGGCGUCUAGCCAAGCGCUCCAGCCUGGGCAGCCGCCGGGGGGGCGCCGCGCUGCAGCCGCCCGGCCCCGCGCCCGCGCCCGCCGGGGAGGGCGCCCCGCCCGGGCCCGCGCCCCCCGCGCCCGGCCCCGGCCCGGAGAGCUGGAGGCCGCCGCUGCCGCCGCCGCCGCGCGGCGCGGGGACCGGCCCCCCUCGGGCCGCCGGGGCCGCCGCCUCGUCGCCGGUGCUGCUGCUGCUGGGGGAGGAGGACGAGGACGACGAGGGCGGCAGCCGGCGGCGCAGGGGGCUCGGGCGGGUGGAGGAGAAGCCCCGAGGGGGCGCGGAGGAGGAGGAUGACGACGAGGAGGACGAGGACGAGGAGGUGGUCGUCGAGGUGGUGGACGGCGACGACGACGAGGACGGCGAGGAGCGCUUCGUGCCCCUCGGCCCCGGCCGCGCGGUGCCCCGGGGCCCGGCCCGGGGCGCGGUGAAGGUGGGGAGCAUCAAGCGGGAAAUGACCUUCACGUUUCAACCAGAGGACUUAAAACGUGACUCUAAUAAAAAAGUGUCUCAUCAACACUUGUUCCCCUUGGCCAUGGAGGAAGACGUGAAAACAACAGACACCAAAAAAGCCAGCCGAGCCCUUGACCAUGAGAAAGAAAACACUCGCUCCGUCUGUCUCCUUGAGCAAAAACGAAAAGUUGUUUCUUCCAAUAUUGAUGUUCCUCCAGCAAGGAAAUCCUCAGAGGAACUGGACAUGGACAAGGUGACAGCAGCAAUGGUACUAACCAGCUUGUCCACCAGCCCGUUGGUUCGAAGCCCUCCUGUGCGACCGAAUGGGACCGAGGGGCUCAGCGGCUCCUGGAAGGAGGGCGGCGGCGUGAGCAGCAGCGGCAGCAGCGGCUACUGGAGUUGGAGCGCCCCCAGCGACCAGUCCAACCCGUCCACGCCGUCGCCGCCGCUCUCAGCCGACAGCUUCAAGGCCCUCCGCAGCCCCGCGGCGCCCGACGACGGCAUCGACGAGGCCGAGGCCGGCAGCCUGCUCUUCGACGAGCCCAUCCCCAGGAAGAGGAAGAACUCCAUGAAGGUGAUGUUCAAAUGCCUCUGGAAGAACUGUGGGAAGGUGCUGAGCACUGCAGCAGGAAUCCAGAAACACAUCCGGACCAUUCAUCUCGGGCGUGUGGGGGACUCUGACUACAGUGAUGGAGAAGAGGACUUUUACUACACCGAGAUCAAGCUCAACACAGACUCAGUGGCAGACGGACCGAGCAGCCUGGCCCCGGUGUCACCCUCCCAGUCCCCGGCCUCGCCUCCUGCUUUCCCCAUCCCAGAGUCAAGCCGAACGGAAACUCCUUGUGCCAAAACCGAGGCUAAACUGAUGACACCCUUGAGCCGCUCCGCGCCCACCACCCUCUACCUCGUGCACACCGACCACGCUUACCAGGCCACGCCCCCCGUGACCAUUCCAGGAUCGGCCAAGUUCACCCCCAACGGCAAUAGCUUCAGCAUUUCUUGGCAGUCUCCACCCGUUACCUUCACAGGCAUUCCAGUGUCUCCAACGCAUAGCCACCCGGUGGGCCCAGGAGAGCAGAGACAGCACACCCACACGGUCUUGUCCUCCCCACCCAGAGGGACGGUCAGCCUGAGGAAGCCCAGGGGCGAGGGCAAGAAGUGCAGGAAGGUGUACGGCAUGGAGAACCGAGACCUGUGGUGCACGGCCUGCCGCUGGAAGAAGGCCUGCCAGAGGUUCAUCGACUGAGGGGCAGAGCGCAGGCACCGGCCGCCCAGAGGACUCCUGCCCUCACCGUCCGCUGCAGGUACUGGAACGCACUUUUCCUUCCGAACUAAAAUACACUUGAAGCCCAGGAAAAGCACCUCCAGGAUCCUUGGUGGAAUUACAGCAAAAAAAAUAAAUCAGCACAAGGUCACCACCUUCCUGUUCUUGCUGACAGCCCAGCCUCGAGCAGCUGUAACUGCUUUUUUUUCCUUACAAAGAAGAGUCAACUUACUUGCUGUAUGUCUCGGUCUGAAAGCUGUGGACUUCCGUAGCAAUCGAACCAAGAAAGUCCAUUUUACCUAGAAAGGAGACAUAUUUUGAUAAGCUCUCUGAAUAACGCCGUUUCUGAGAUUUUUUUUUGAAACCCACGAAAAAGCUACACGAUAUUGGGUAGCGUUUGUACAAAGAACAGUACCUGCUUUCGUUGUGAGUGGUCUUUUCCCUGUUUUCCAUUUGGAGCAGUAGACAUCAUGAUGUGUUGCCAGGAAGGGCAGCACGCUGGGUAUCUCUUCUGUGUCCUUUUCUGUUUGACUGUUUUCUUUUGAAGAAUGGCCCCAAACUUAACCACGGUAGAGCUGUUAGCUUGAAGGGCCCCAGGUGGCAUAAGCUGGAAAAGAAGUUGACGACGGAAUCCACAAGCAGACGUCAGCCCCCAGCUGAGUUCAGGACCUCCGGCUGUCGCUGUUAGAAAGCAUGGAGGAGCCUUCCUUGGAUUGAUAAGAAGCCCUUCCCCACAAGGCGACACAGCUCAUUCUCCACUUGCUGCAGCGCGAUGGAGAACAGGUGGCCAUCUGGGCAAGCCUCGACGCUUCUUUCAGGGACGUGCUGCACACCGCAGCUCCCAUCUGUUCGUCCCCGCUUGUCUGACAAAGUCAUUGCCGGGUUGAUGGGUCGACGGGCCUUCCCUCAAAACUCUACCCUGACUGGUUUCAGAAAAGGGAGAGAACUCCACCCAUCCUAGCGAGUUUGCUGUAUACAGCAGAGCACAGCCUACGUGUCCGGGGCUGUUCAGAAAGUCACGCGUGGUCGACAAGCCAGCGUCCAUGCUGAGUGCACUUUCACAGGUUGUAUGCUUUAGCAUGUCUGGGAGAUGGGUUAAUGAAUAAUGUAAACACUAUAUGGGUAAAUGGAAGGUUUAAACCUUUAUUUUUCUUACAAAAAUAUUGGAGCUAUCAUUAAGAAUUCACUCAGAAGGGAGCAUACAGAACACCAAAAGGAAAAUACGUGUUGGUAUAGGAAUCUCUGAAUUUAGUAGGACCAGGGCUUACACUGUGUUCCAGGUAUCGGGCUUUCCAGCCUGGUAUGUUUGUUUGUUUGUUUUGGUGGUAGUGGUGCGGGGAGGGGGGUAGUUGUCAAGUCCUAUGAAUAGGCUAAUUCUCUACCCUACUCUCCAUUGCCCUGUUAAAGAGUUAUGUCUCCUAUACCUAUGCAAAGAAGUAAGAGCACCUUCCAGGAUGCACUGUGUCGGGACAAGGGCCUAGGAUCAGCCAUAGGAAUGUUCAAUGAAAUUGCACAGAGGAAAGUUUAAUAUAUGUUUAGAGAUUGUACAUACACUUUUUUUUAAAGAGUAGAAAGAAGGCAUCAAGUAAUAACAGAUUAUCUUUGUUUUAAUAAGUGAGGGAAAUGUAAAGUGGUUCUACAGUGUAACGUCCACAAACUGUGCAUUCAUCUAUUUUCGCAAUUUUAUUUUUUAAACUCACAUAGGACUUUUUAAACACUAUUUUUUGAAAGAGAUCCUGUUUUCCUCCUUCAUUUAUUUUUUCUUUAAAAACACUUAUUUUAAGAGAGUAGAAAAGGAGCUUCAUUUAGCUUCACAUCAUGAAUACCAAUCAGUACUAGCCACAGCAGCAGCUAUAAUACAUGUUUUAGUACUUAGAAGGUCAGCCAGGAAAGGGCAUUUUUGUAAUUGCAGAAAUGUGUGUACAUCCUCCACCCCGGCAUAUCUUUUCUCCUCCCUGGUGUCCUGUCGCUUCACCUUCAGGCAUGCUCUGCUGUGAGGUGAUGCUCUGGCGUGGUCCAGGAGGCCCUGAGUUUUGGAUGGAUUGCCCAGGGGCCCCGGUGAGUCCAGGGCUGCUCAACCAUGUAGCACGUUCACCGCGGACGUAAAGGAUGGUUGGGGUGCAAUCCUGGAGCAUCCUGGAGAUUUUCUCUUCAGCAAAGCUCCCUGGCCCUCGAUCCUUGGAUUAAGGCACUAAUCAAAAAAGAUUAAAGCGAUGAGGGGCUAACUCCAUCCCUGCCAAGAACUUUGGGACAGGAGGAGGGAGCGAGCUUUGCUGUGGGGCAGUCCUGGAGCGAGGCUCUGUGGCUCUGCCCCCAGAGAUCCAGCCCAUGACUAGUUCUGAGCUCUGGCCUGGAUGAGCCCAGCUCAGCCCUUACCUGG